AUGCAGGAAUUUUCUAGUCAUAUCUUUGCCGAAUGCCUACUGGCACUCUUCUGUCUCACAUGCGCAACCGCCAAAUCAUAUGGACCAUGUGCAGCCGUUCGCUGUGGAUUCAAUACAAGAUGCAUUGAAUUUAACGGAAGCGCCAAGUGCUAUGACACAACAUGUCCCACCGGCGAAGUCUUUUCUGAGUGUUCGUCCUACUGUGAACCUACGUGCAUUCCAUCUGACAUUGCCUGCAUCCAAGUCUGCGGUCCACCUGCCUGUCAAUGUCAACCAAGUUUUUUGCGAGACAAUGGGAAAUGCGUUGAUCCCAAACUAUGCUCUAAUAAAAAAGUUACAACUCAAAGCUACGUAGAUGAGCCGAUAACACCUUCAACAUCGAGUUGUUCUCCUCCUUGUAAACCAGGUUUCCACUGCGAUGACAAAACCUGUGUUGCUGACGAAAUGAAGAUCCCCAGAUGUGCUGAGGUCCGUGUGAAGUGCCAAGCUGGGCAUCACUGUGAAGACACGCCUACGGGAAUUACAUGUGCUCCUGAUCCAAUCUGCCCAGCUAAUGAAGUUUUCAACAUAUGCGCAUCGGACUGCGAGCAGACUUGUGUUCCUAUGGGGCGACCAUGCACGCUGAACUGUCUGCCACCCAAGUGUCAAUGCAAAGAUGGCUAUGUACGCGAAGGUGGAAGAUGUAUAGAUCCGAAGAAGUGUCCAAAUCGGAAGCAAUCGACAGAUCGAAUUCACGAAUCCGUGAUGCAGAGCUAUGUUGAUGAACCGAUCACUCCGGUCCCACUCAAUUGUCAAUCGGCAACUAUUCAAAUCCUCUGUGUUGAAGGAUUUCACUGUGAAAUUGCCAACGGUGCACCUACAUGUGUUCCCAAUAGAAGAGUCGCACCGAAAAGAGGAUCGCAGCCGUCAGUAACAUGCGCCACUACUCUCAUGUUAUGCAGGGAUGGUACACACUGUGAAGACAUCAACGGAAAACCCAAGUGUGUGAAAGAUAGAGGUGUAUCUACUGACAUGCCAUGCAAAAAUGUAGUCUGCCCAAGUGGUCAACAUUGCGAAUUCUAUCGAGGUGUUGCUCAAUGCACAAAAAGUCCAGGUCCAUGUGCGGCCGCAUUUUGCGCUGGCGGAGAAUGUAUUGAAUACGACAACACUUUCGGAUGUUUCAAUACAAACAAAAUUAUCGGUUCUAUAGCAAUGACCCACGGAUCUCCUUCACUACAGGGAUCACAGCAGGAUUCACGUAGGCUACCGAAAGGGAAAAGGACUAGGAUGGCGAUCUGUUCUUAUAACGCACGUACGCUUGCAUCGGAAGCGGCCAUCGAAGAUCUGAUGAUGCAAGGCAAGAAGAUCAAGUACGACGUCAACGGGCUGACCAAGACGAGACAACGUCACCCUUUCAACGCCGUAUAUGAAACUCUAGAAGAACAGUUCUUAGGAACAUGCGACAGCAGAGGUGUUGGUGGGGUUAGCGCCCUCGUCAACACGAGUAUGGCAGAGAACAUCGACCCUUUCGAGCAACUUACCACCCGAAUCGGAGAAGAACAAUUCGAAGCUCUUUAUAUGGAUCCAGAGAAAUUCUACCAAGAAGAUUAUGCCUUCUACAAGGUAAUAAUUGGCGAUUUCUACGCCAAGCUAGGAACAUGCGACAGCAGAGGUGUUGGUGGAGUUAGCGUCCUCGUCAACACGAGUAUGGCAAAAAACAUCGACUCUUUCGAACAACUUACGACUCGAAUCGGACGUCUGCGGAUGAGAAGAUGUGGUCCAACCCCAGCUUUGAAUAUCUUCGUCGCUUACGCUCCAACAUCAAGCGACGGAGAAGAACAACUCGAAGCUUUUUAUAUGGGCCCAGAGAAAUUCUACCAAGAAGAUUAUGCCUUCUACAAACUAAUAAUUGGCGAUUUCUACGCCAAGGUUGGCCCAAGAAAAACGCCUCAGGAUUUUCACAUCGGGAUUCACGGCUUACAAUGGAAUGAACAGGAGGAGAGGCUCUCCGAGUUCAUCAUGACAGCUAAGACUAUUCAUGUGAACUCGCAAUUCCAGAAGCCCUCCUCUCUACGCUGGACGUGGGAGUCAUCCGGUGGAGGAUACUCUAAUGAAACAGACCACAUCAUCGUCAAUAAAAGAGAGAGAAAUCCUAGGACUAUCAUCAACUGGGAUCUCUUCGCUACACUAGCCGGCUUUUGGGAAGAUUCCGCAAUGGACAACAUCGACGAAGAAUAUGACCGGCUUGUUGAACACCUUCACGACUGCGCGAAGAAGGCUGAGAGUUUUAAAACCACCAAGAGACGCCUGUCUCUUGAAACUCUUGAGCUGAUACGCCAGCGUGGAGCAGCACGAGCCACAGGGAAUCAAGACUCGCAAGGCUUUGCAGAGAGGCGAUAA